AUGGAGUUUCAAAAAUGGAAAAAUUAAGUAUUUAUAGAUUUUUUAUGGACAUAGUAAAUGGAUUUAGUGUUUAUUAUAUAGUAAGAAAUAAAAUUUCUUUAUUUCAUGUUCUGGAGACAAAAAUUUAGAUGUUGGAAAAAUUAGAACUUUAAUGAUUGGAUUAGUUUAGAACCCUAUAAAAAACAUACUGAUUGGGUAAUGUGUCUUGUAAUGAAUAAGAAUGAGAUCUACUCUUUUCUGGAAGUAGUGAUUAUUCAAUAAAAGUAUGGAAGCUUGAUUUUAAUUAAAAUGAAUUAACAUUUCUUUAUACAUUAAAUAAACAUAAUUAUUAUGUUAUUUCGAUAAGUUUAAAUUAAUUAGAGAAUUAUUAGUAUCAUGUGCAUAAGGGAAGAAUUAGAUUAUUAUUUGGGAAAGAAAAGAAAAAAUACUUAUGAAUUUAAAUAUUUUGUUGUACUAGGUUAAAUUAUAAUCUAAAAUUUCGUUAUUUUUUGCAACCACCUGAUAUUUAAUUGAUUAAAUAAAUCAAUAUAAGAGAAUUCCAUUCAUCUAUAAAUAAUCAAUUUAUAAUUAUCGGUUAAAGGAUAGUUUUAUUACUGGAAAUUCAUUUAUUUCGACAACAGGUGAUUAAGGAAUAGACAUGAUAUAUUUUUUUGAAUUAAUUGAAGGUAUAUAUUAAGAAAUCUAACAUAAGUCAAUUCAAUUAAUGAAUAAUGAUUAGGAUUAUGAUGAAUAUUUCUUUUCUAUCAUAUAUAAUAAAUAGAGGAACUUGAUAUUAGUAAGACAUAAAUCGUAAAUUUAUUUAAUUAGAAAUAUUAAUAAUGGAAACUUUAAAAUAGUUGAUUAAUUGAAUUGUAAUACAUCAGAUAUUUAUUGGACAAUAACAGAUAAUGGACAAUAUUUUGUUUUUUGGAUAGUAAAAAUAAUGGAUUUUCAAUUUAUGAAUUAUAAAGUUAAUGAAAAUAGUCUAAUUUUUAUUUAUAUUGAAAUCUAUAUAUUCCUAAUGACCCCAAGCAAUUAUGAAAAAUAACUACAUUAAUAAGUUUUUAUGGCUCUUUUUAUUUCUACUUAUAAAAUAUACAUAUAAAUAUUAAUAUUUACUUCUUUUAAUUAUCUGAAUCUAAGAAUAUAGAAUUAAGUAUCAAAUAUUGAUUUUAUUUUACUUUUUGAAUUAGAGAAAUAUUGUAAUUCUAAUAGAUUUUAUUGA